AGGUCACUGCUCAUCUGUCUCAUUAAGGCAAUUAGUGACCUGUAGAAGAUGAUCAAUGAGGGAUUUUAUCCAUCUCGACAUUGGUGUCUGGUUGCCUGCACCCAAGGAUGCUGUUUGUAGUCCGGUUCAUUAUUUCACCGUUUCCCGCUCAUCAUUAUUAUUAUUAUCCAAAGUGCCUUUUUGCUUCUGUUAGCAAAACCAGAAUCCCCCAUGCCCCAGUUUUAGCAGCUAAUGUCCACAAUAGGGGCAACUGAUCCAGUGCAGGAGUUAAAUAUAACCGUGUCUAGUGUAAGGAGAAGAUUUAAUGGGAAAUGGUUGGCAUUCUUUCUUCCUAAAGGCACGGGGGUGGGGGGGGUGAGGGGGGGGGAAGAGAGAGACGUACACACACAGACACACACACGCAUCCCACAGCGAGGGAAGAGGCAGAGAGCAGGCAAGGCAGAGAGGGAGCGAGGGUAUUGAGAGAGAGAGAUCCCCAAAGCAGCCCUGCGCCUCUGAGCUGGAAUCUGCCAGGGCACAGCCAGCAUGUUGGUCCUCAGCCCACUUGUCUGGGGAUCUUACCUGCAGCUUUUCUUCUGCUUUGCUUUAUCUCAGACUGCGUACGUUGACAAUGUCUUCUCACUUUCAGCAGAUCUCCCUUGUUUGGAACAGAAGAAACAGCUCAACCGCAGAGCGUGCUGCUUCCUCGGCCCUCCUCCACCACCCCUGUUUCCACCACCGUACUUCAGGCACGGCUGGAGCUCUAAACUGCUUGCCCUGGAUAUGAAAGAGUUGUGUCGGGAGCUCCAGAUAAUAGAGGCUUCCUCUCUGCCCAAAUCGCAUUGCCCUGCAGGGCCUCCUGGCCCCCAGGGUCCACAAGGUAUUCCUGGUAUAAUGGGACCAAAAGGGGAGAAAGGGGAGAUUGGCCGGCCAGGAAGAAAGGGUAGACCAGGUCCCCCGGGUGUCCCUGGGAUGCCAGGACCAGUAGGAUGGCCUGGACCUGUGGGACCGAAGGGUGAAAAGGGAGAGUUGGGUGUGAUGGGAUUGCCAGGUACAAGAGGACCAAUGGGCUCCAAGGGUUUUCCUGGAACUAGAGGAGAAAAGGGAUCCAGAGGUGACAGGGGUGACAAAGGAGUCAAAGGAGACCAGGGAGAAAUAGGCUUCCCUGGAAUGCUGGGACAAAAAGGAGAGAUGGGCCCGAAGGGACAAUCUGGAGUACCAGGACACAGAGGACCUAUAGGAAGACCCGGAAAAAGAGGCAAACAAGGACUAAAGGGAGACAUUGGACCUGCGGGUAUCAUGGGUCCACCUGGAAGGCCUGGUCCUUCUGGCCAGCCAGGCCCCCCUGGACCUUCAGGAUCAGGGCAAUUUGCAAUAGGACCAAAAGGGGAAAGAGGACUUCCAGGGCCUCCAGGGAGAUGUCUCUGCAGAUCCCCACAACAUGUGAAUAACGCACCAUAUGAGGAAUCUGUGUUUGGACACAGUUAUCCAAAAGUCCCCGCGCUCACCCCUUUCUAUUCUGUGGAUUACCACUUCAAGGAUGGCGGUACCUGUGGAGAUGGGAUCGUACAGGAUGGGGAAGAGUGUGACGAUGGCAAUGCGGUUGUGACUGAUGACUGUAUAAGAUGCCGCCGUGCUUACUGUGGAGAUGGCUACAGACAUGAGGGAGUUGAAGAUUGCGAUGGGAAGGAUUUUGGGUAUUUGACAUGUAAAACAUACCUCCCUGGGUCUUACGGAAAAUUGCGAUGCACUUCUUACUGCUACAUUGACUCUACACAGUGUCGAUACUUCACAUGAGGGGAGAGGAGGUGGGUAGCAUCCCACAUGUAGCGGGGUGCUAGGUGCUACACUAUCAUCUAUCCAAGAAGGACUGGGACAAAAAAAAAAAACCCACCCACCUCUGUGUGAAAACAAACAAGGAGACAUCAUGCUGCUGAUGGCCAUUUUGAGAUGUUUUUCUUUUUUUUUAAAUUAAGUCAGAUUGGGAAAAAAUAGGACCACUGCAUCCUGUCUUAAUAGAGAAAUGUCAAACAGUGUUUGCCAGCAAGACUUUCAUGUGGCUGUGGAUGGCAACCUGCUCUCCAUCACAAAUGCAAUGUUAAGCUACUGGAAACUGAAUUUCACUAACCAGGAAUAUUGAGUAACAAUUACCUCGACUUAGCACUGUUAAACCUACAUGUAAGCUCUUCAGGGUUUUUGUCUUUAAAUCUUCUCAGCAUAAACACAAAGCAUAUCUUGGAUGCAGUGUUUAUAGAGACUUCCUCUUUUAUUACAAUGUGAACUUUACAAGUGUUGUAUCCACAUGAGUGAUGACUUCAGCGACAUUAAGGUUAAAGAUACACCUUCAUGGGUCAAAGGAGCAGAGUGCUUUCAAGAUCAGCAAAGCAGCCAAAAAAGCUGGUUAACUUCACCUUCAGGCUAAGACGUUUGGCUGUGUGUGUCUGUGUGCAUGCACGGAAAUGCAAGCAGUCACAAGGAGGCCUGAAACUGCAGACCACAAAGGCCAAACUGGACAAACAAAUUGUGAAAUAGCCAAGAAGCUCUCUCCCAGGAGAAAAUCAGACAAGGAGAGAAGAUAAAGAAGGAACGUAUUUCCAUAUUUUUCACCUCUGUUGAGCUGGCUGGGCUCUGUGUGUCCUCGAAGGGGCUGAGACAGCAUUGGUUACCUGCUUGAAACCACAGCGUGACCACGUACACGUUGCCUUCACUCUGGUUUCUACACUGGAAGGUCUUUUCAUUUUCAUCCCAUUGUCUACCCAACUAUCAUCAUUCAAUUACCCGUUAUACCCUUUCCUCUCCCCGCCUCUCUCCCGCUCACUGUUUCCGCCAUCAUGUCUGGGGUACCCCCCAGUGUACGUUCUCACUUUUGUAUCGCUGUAAAUCAGACCUUGGAGUAGGGUGUUUAUGGAUGCUCAUUCAUGCUGAGUAAUGUACAUGUAUUUUUGUUUUUUUCAGAAAGUUUGUUCAACUGCAUUAUCUCUGACAGGAGUCAGGGUAAUUAUAUACUUAUUUAUUAGCAAAAAUUAAAGAGCAAAUUUCACAUGGGAAGCAUAUUAAAUGUUAAGUGAAAAGAGUCUAUAAAAGAAGAAAAUGAAACAAAGGAUGUGCAGAAUUCAGGACUAAAAGCCUCAAAUCAAGGUGUUAUUUUCAUACAAGCCACUCUUUUCUGCUUCAUGAUAAAUGCUGUACACGACUGUUUGAAAUGCGUGAGCUAUCUGUACCAGUGACAGCACUGCAACAGCUGCACUUACACUGGUACAUCUGUAAAGGUUAAAGGUGGAUGUUAUAAUGAUAAUGCAUUAAAGCAAUCAAGAAAUGCAUACAACUUUUACCAUCUGUAUAGAAGACUUGAACUCUGCAUGUCCAAAGUGGUACUGGAAAUCACCAAGUAAAAAAAACCAAACCAACAAAAUUAGUGUACUCUUUGUAGCUAUCACUUACCCGGGCUAUUUAUGUUGCUAUGAAGCCAAGCCACCAGCAUUUGUAGCCCAGUUCAAUAGUUCAAAAUUUUUCAUCUUGUUGCUUUUUUUUUUUAAACAGAGGUCUUAAUAAAAGGUCAAGGAACCACUGGGGAACUUGUCAUAAGCUCUGGAAAUCUGGGCACUAGCACAGCUGCCUUUUAAUUUCCUGUGCUUUCGCAAGCAGCAGUUUCCAGCAGCGUCAUACCACGCAGCAACGCGUACCCCAGCGGGAGGCUCCCGAGGACAGCCACGCUCCCAGCAGCACGUCCUGCUGGCCAACCCUCCGGCUGAACCUCUGGCAGCGUCUGCCAGGCGUUACCAUCCUGGGCUUGGAGACACUUCAUCUGAACUCUUCACCUUCUCCAAGGACUUCAUCUCUACUCCACAGAAGGCUGGAGUCUUUGAGAAAUUUGGUAACCUCGGUGGUCUUGCACAUUCAGUUUUAAGUUGCGUCAUUUUUAAAAGCUGCUACCUCCAAAGGACGUUGAAGUUGCAAAGCUAAGUGCACGGAGGGUAGGAAACAUAAACAGGAGAUGUGAUCACGUAGGUAAAAUUGUACUGUGCUGCACGUGUUCAGGAAGGGGUGUAUCAGUCUGGUCAGAAAACAUACACAAAGCAUGGAUUUUAAAUGGACUUUAUCAAUACAGCACAAACAAUUCAGCAUCUUAACAGAAAGAAAGCAAUCUAAGAUAUAAGGAAAAAAACCAAAAGGACAUGAAACGAAUUUCUUACUACCAUUACUGUCUUGCUCCCCUCAGAUGAUAAAGCAUGAGAAAGACAUCUGGGAAGGUGUUAACUAUAUAUGAUUUAAAAGGCUGCAAAAGAAAUCCUUCCUCCUUAUUUCUGACAUACCUGCUUUAUCAUUAAUUGGGGAUUCUUCAGCUGGAUGGUGCCUGGUCUGCUGUGAAUUAUCUUCCCUCAUUGUCUGAGUUUCUGGCACAUUGUGCCAAGACUGGUUCAAAAGUUAAUUGGGGUAUUUCAGUUCCUUGGCCUUUUGUAGCAGCAAAUGCUUGUGGGAGAGUUUUCUAAUGAUUAGUAUGCAACUCUAGACAAAUACAAAACCAUUAUGACCUUACACCAUGCACUGUAUUAAAUGUAUACUAAAAAUCCAGCUUGCACUUAAUAUAUAAUUAAAUAUAUGUAGUUAUACAUAUAUACUGCGUGUAUUAGCAGCUCAUGUCAAUAAAUUAUGCUACCUUA